AUGGGAGGCUGUGCGAGCAGACCUAAGGAAUCUGAUAUCGUCGAAGGCUCUGUCCCGACCGAAAAUGUUGUUGUCGAGUCCAAGGAUGCCACGACCCAAACAGAUGCCACAUUAACUCAGGAGAAGAAGGAAGAGUCUAGUGAAGAGACAAAGAAGGAAGAGACUAGUGAGGAGGCAACGAAGGAAGGUGAGACAAAAGAAGAAGAGUCGAGUGAAGAGGCAAAGAAGGAAGGUGAGACAAAAGAGGACUCCUCCGAGGCAAUCAAGGCCGAGCCAGUUCCAGAAGCUGUGAAGGCAGAAGAGAAAGCUUCGUCAGAGAUUGAGCCACAAACACAAGAGCAAACACCUGCCAAAACUGAUGAGGCGCCUCUUGUGACCCUUUGA